CAUGUUGGAAGGAACCAGAAGAAGACGGAGAAGGAGAGGAGUAACAUCGUGGUGAAUUUCUCUUCUCGGUGUUUCUUUAUGUGAAUAAAAUGAGGAAAGUUAUUUUACUGCUGUGCCUCUGCCACGCUGCAUCCGCAAUGACUCACUCUCUGAAGUAUUUCUUCACUGCGUCUACUGGAGUCCAAAACUUCCCAGAGUUUGUGUCUGUUGGGUUGGUUGAUGAAUUUGAGAUUAGUCACUAUGACAGUAACACCAGGAGAGAAGAACCCAAACAGGACUGGAUGAGCAACGUCACAGAAGAGAAUCCUCAGUACUGGGAGAGGGAGACUGAGUUCUGUAAGGGUAAACAGCAGGCCUUCAAAGUCAACCUUGAAGUUGCAAAGAAGCGCUUCAACCAAACUGGAGAUGUCCACAUUGUCCAGAGGAUGUACGGCUGUGAAUGGGACGAUGUGACUGAGGAGGUUAAAGGUUAUUUUCAGGAUGGUUAUGAUGGAGAAGACUUCAUAUCAUUGGACCUGGAGACAGAGACAUGGGUCGCUCCAAAACUACAGGCUGUCAUCACCAAACACAAGUGGGAUAAUGAGAAAGCUGAGAUAGCACGGCUAAAACACUACCUCACCCAGAUUUGUCCUGAGUGGGUGAAGAAGUAUGUGAACUAUGGGAGGAGCGUUCUGCUGAGAACAGAGCUUCCCUCAGUGUCUCUCCUCCAGAAGACUCCCUCCUCUCCAGUCAGCUGCCACGCUACAGGUUUCUACCCUGACAGAGCCACACUGUUCUGGAGGAAAGAUGGAGAGGACCUUCAUGAGGACGUGGACCACGGAGAGAUCCUCCCCAACCACGAUGGAACCUUCCAGAUGAGUGCUGACCUGAAACUUUCAUCAGUCCCACCUGAAGACUGGAGGAGGUACGACUGUGUGUUUCAGCUCUCUGGUGUGAAGGACGACCUCGUCACCAGACUGGACAAAGCAGUGAUCAGGACCAACAGAGAGAAGCCCACUGACAUGACCGUCCCCAUCAUCGCUGCAGUGGUUGUUCUUGCUCUCGUCCUCAUCGCUGGGAUGAUUUUUGGAGCCGUCAUUUAUAAAAAGAAGAACGCCAAACGCCCUCCAUCUCCUGUAAACAACGCUGAGGUCUUGGAGGAACUGAAUCCAGGAUCCUAAACGAUGAACACACCAGCCUGCACACAGUUUAUGGAUACAUUCUGCACUGGAUCAAGGAGCGAUGCCACAUUCUCGCCGGAGUCCACGACACUCUGACAUCAUCCAGGUUGCAGCGACGUGGGUUUUCUCAGUCUGACAAUGCUGCAGGUAGACGGAGCUGCCGAAGCAUCCGUCCACCAGAGGACAGAUUCACAUGAAGACGCCGGUGGAGGGGACAACUGAGGAGCAGCAGACGUCCGAGUGUUGGCGAUGUGAACGUUCCCGUUACAGCAGCCGGCGAAGAAGACAGAGUCGCUCACAAAGUGUAAA